UCCGGUUCGUGCUAUAGCUGGCGGUUUAUUCGUUUAGUGUCAGGUUCAGCUUAUGGAGCUGCUCGUUUCCGAACGGAGUGUGUAAGUCGCGGUGUUACCGCUCGUUUGGAAGCGCGGAAGAGGGUUAUAACUGCGGGCUAUCGUUUAUACUUAUUUUUAUGUUAACUUUAUCCGACCGCGUCAGGUAACUUCUCAGACUGACUGAGCUGAGGCCGCGUCCUGUCCUCCCGGCUAAGUCUUAGCAGCUAGUAGUACGGACUACUGCUAAACUAACUUAUUACUAGCUAAGCUAGUAAAACCUGUAGCUCGUCGACAUCGCCGGAACCUCCUCUGCCUGAGCCUCUAAUGCAGUGUAACGUAACCUCGCACACACAAGAAUAAUAAAAUAAAUAAAUGCACAGGCACACGCACACACACACACGCGGACAGAACAAUAUAUACACACCGAUCGAUCGACAACACAAAUCAAACAGAGUGUAAUACAUAGACAAACACAACAGCAUCGACACAUGAAAAACACAGAUGACAUAGAGUGUGACACAUACAGACACACAGAAACGGUGACAUAAAGUAAACACAAUAUAAUUCGCCACCAUGUCGGUCUAUCUGACCGCUGAGCAGCAGCAGCGCAUCGAGGAGAACCGCCGGAGGGCACAGGCCAGGAGGGCUGAGAGGUUGGCGCAGGCUGUGUCACAGCAGGUGCCAGGGCUGGGAGGCGGAGCCUCAGGAGGCCCCCUGCAGGUGCACUCCUCCGCCCAGCCCCCCCGCCUUCCUCCGCCACCACCAGACCCUGGAACGAGCUGCCGGCCCAAGGUGUCCGAGCCAGGGCGGGUGAAGGUAGUAGAUCCUCUUUCGCCGGCCAAAGCGUCAAAAGCGACAGACAGCGACGGCAAACGGCCGGUCCGCGGUCAUCGUGUAGCGACCGUCAGUGCCCGCCUACAGCCUGCAGUCACCAAAGGCAGGUGUGUGUAUCACGCGGUCGACCGGUUCAGAGUGGAGGUGGGCUACAACGCGGAGCUCAUCAUGCUUUUUAAGAACAUCCCCUCUCGGGUUUACGACCCUGUGACCAAGAUGUGGAAUUUUUGCUUGGAGGAUUAUCACCACCUCAUGGAGGCGGUGAGGGGCGUGGCCUCUGUGUCGCUGCAGGGCCUGGAAGGGGCGCAUAGACCGGCCACAACUCAGAAUGCACUGCUGAACCUGUGCCAAGGCUGGCAGAAGCCCGGCGCCACGGUGCGCGGCCACUGCGUCCUGCUCACCUGCUCGCGCUUUGAGGUGGACCUGCCGUACCAUGCGGAUGCCAUCGGUGCCUUCAAACUGCUGCCAUCCAAGAACUAUGAUAUGAAGACAAGAAAAUGGAAUUUCCUUUUGGAGGAUUACAGGAAGCUGAUGCAGACCCUGGCCUCCCUUCCAUUGGUGGAGGUGGAGCCCCUCCCUAGGGCUGUUGUGCAGGCCUUUGGCCUGCAGUUUGAGCGGAGUCACUCGCACCUCCCUGAAGUCCCUGAUGCAGAUCUGUCCAGUGUGGACCCCACACUGAGUCACAGCCUGAUGCCCUUCCAGCACGAUGGAGUCAGUUUUGCUGUGUACCAGGGCGGCCGUCUGCUCUUGGCUGAUGACAUGGGUCUGGGGAAGACUGUGCAGGCCAUCUGCAUAGCAGCUGUGUACCGGCAGGAGUGGCCGCUGUUGGUCGUAGCUCCCUCUUCAGUGCGCUUCACCUGGGCAGAGGCGUUCAUGCGAUGGCUACCCUCCCUCCAGCCUGACAGCAUCAAUGUGGUACUGAAGGGAAAGGACAACGUGCGUGCUGGUCUCGUCAACAUCAUCAGCUACGACCUGCUCAGUAAAGUGGAAAAGCCAGUGGCUGCCAGGCCCUUCAACGUACUCAUUAUGGACGAGUCCCACUUUCUGAAGAACAUGAAGACUGCGCGCUGCAAGGCCGCCCUGCCAUUGCUCAAGGCUGCCCGCAGGGUAAUCCUGUUGUCGGGCACACCGGCCAUGUCGCGGCCCGUUGAACUCUACACCCAGAUUGCAGCUGUGAGACCCACCUUCUUCCCUCGGUUCCACGACUUUGGGCUGCGCUAUUGCGACGCCAAGCAGAUGCCCUGGGGCUGGGACUACUCGGGCUCCUCCAACCUGGUGGAGCUCAAGCUGCUGCUCGAGGAGUCAGUAAUGCUCCGCCGCCUCAAGUCAGAGGUUCUCUCACAGCUCCCGGCUAAGCUACGCAAGGUGGUCACCAUAACAAUAGAUGGCGCAAACACCCGCACUAAAACCGCGCUCAGCGCCGCCGCCAAGGAGCUGAGCAACUGCAACCGGAGCAAAGUGCGUGAGAAAGAGGUUCUUCUAGUGUACUUCAACCACACUGCGGAGGCCAAGACUGGUGCUGUCACAGAAUACAUCCUGGACCUGCUGGAGUGUGGCAGGGACAAGUUCCUUGUGUUUGCUCACCACAAGCUCCUGCUGGAUGCUGUCAGUAGAGAGCUUGAGGACAAGGGCGUCGCCUACAUCCGCAUCGACGGCUCCACGCCUUCGGCAGAGCGCCAGACGCUAUGUCACAGGUUCCAGUUCUCCGAGAGCAGAUGCGUGGCGCUUCUGUCCAUCACAGCGGCCAACAUGGGCGUGACCCUGCACUCGGCCACACUUGUCGUGUUUGCCGAGCUCUUCUGGAACCCAGGGGUGUUAAUACAGGCGGAGGACAGAGUACAUCGCAUUGGACAGACAAGCAAUGUGGACAUCCACUACCUGGUGGCCAGAGGCACUGCUGAUGACUACCUGUGGCCCCUGAUCCAGGAGAAGAUGGAUGUGCUGAAGCAAGCUGGUCUCUCGGAGUCCAACCUCAUGGAAAGUGCAGAAUCGGCCAGUUUCCGCUCCAAGGAGCCAGAGCAGCGGACGAUCACCGAGAUGUUCCAGACGUCCUUCACUGAGGAGAACGAUGUGGACGAGGACACCCUGCUGAAGGCAGCCAGCGAAUGGGAAGAGUGUGACACAGGAAAUGCUUCUGAACAGACAUUAAGUGCUGAGCCAGAAAGCCCCUGGAAGAAACGAUGUACUGAGGGUGACUUCUGCAGUGAGUCUUUAUAUUAAAGAAACCAGCAGAAAACAACAAGAUUUAUUUGUUUCUAACUUGGGAAUUAUUUUGCAUUGUUGACUGAAGAUGUUUUUUUUUGCUGUG